CACACGAAUACUAAUCGAAGGGGCAACACUACUAGGGGUGAGCAGAUUUUGAGUUUACUCACUCGAUUUAUAGUGUUAUCGCUACUUUGGAAACAGCUGAUUUGUUUCGACUCUUGUUGUGUAAUUGAGGAACGCUUUAAACAUAUUUUUGAUUAUGUCAGCACCAGCCGCCCGUGGUACCACAUCGCUGCUGAAGCGUGCCUGGAAUGAGAUUCCCGAUAUUGUCGGCGGAUCUGCUUUGGCCCUGGCUGGCCUUGUGAUGGCAGGAAUCGGUUUGGCCAACUACUAUGCCAAAGACGGUGACAAUCGCAAAUAUAAGCUGGGCUAUGUUGUGUACCGUCAUGAUGACCCACGUGUCCAAAAGAUACGUAACGACGAGGACGAUUAAAUUGAGCAAAAAAUGCUUGAAGUUUUUUUUAAUAGCUAAGUAAAUCAAUUAAAUCCACAACAAAAUAAACUCAUUCAAGGUAUGCAAUCCGGAUGUACGAAUUUAUGAUGAAA